AUGCGAGUGGAGUCAGAGACACCUAACUUUACAGCUACAGCUGCCAAGAUCAUCAAUAUUGACUUUAGCUGGCUGGUGUUGCUACCCACAAGGUACCUUGCCCGAACACUCCAGGUAGGCUCCAGGACUCUCCGACCAAUAGUAGAUAAGAGGGCGGGGCGUGUGCGUGCGCAGUCCCCAGCCCACGCCCUGGCGCGCGCCAUCCGCGAGUUACAGGCGGCUGGCCAGAGGCGUAGUCUGGCGUCGGUUGCGACCCAGGUGACGGAAAAGGCGGGAAAACGCUGCGAGAUGGCCACAGUGGUGGUGGGGGCCUCCAAGCCCAUGGCCGCCUUUAGAGCGACCCAGGACAGAACGCCGCAGGGACCGGGACCCGGGGCGGCUCGGGACAGCUUCCCCUGCCAGGGCCCAGUGGUGGGCCCCGGAGAAAUGGGAGAAAGCGAGGAGGAGGACAACGACAACGACAACGACGAGGAACCUGCUGAGAUCCAUCUGUGUGUGCUGUGGAAUUCAGGAAAUCUGGGCAUUGCCUACUAUGACACUGGUGACUCCACUAUCCACUUUAUGCCAGAUGCCCCAGACCAGGAGAGUCUCAAGCUUCUCCAGAGAGUUCUGGAUGAAAUCAAUCCCCGGUCUGUUGUUACAAGUGCCAAACAGGAUGAGAAUAUGACUCGGUUUCUAGGGAAGCUUGCCUCUGGGGAGCACAGAGGGCCAAAGAGGCCUGAAAUCAUGUAUUUGCCAAGUGUGGAUUUUGGUCUAGAGAUAAGCAAACAACGUCUUCUUUCUGGAAACUAUGCCUUCAUCCCAGAGUCCAUGACUGCCACAGAGAAAAUCCUCUUCCUUUCCUCCAUUAUUCCAUUUGACUGCCUCCUUAUGGUUCGGGCACUUGGAGGACUGCUCAAGUUCUUGGGUCGUAGAAGAAUUGGGGUUGAACUGGAAGACUAUAACGUCAGUGUCCCCAUCCUGGGCUUUAAGAAAUUUGUUUUGACCCAUCUGGUGAGCAUAGACCAAGACACUUACAGUGUUCUGCAGAUAUUUAAGAGUGAGUCUCACCCCUCAGUGUAUAAAGUGGCCAGUGGACUGAAGGAGGGGCUCAGCCUCUUUGGAAUCCUCAACAGAUGCCGCUGUAAGUGGGGAGAAAAGCUGCUCAG